UCUGAGCUCAGUCAGAGAGGUGGCGCGUGCUCAAACAUCAACAUGCAAGUGGUGAAUUAUUGAAAGUAGAGACAGUUGAAGCGGGCAGAGCUGAAAAGUGGACGGUUGUUUGUGUUGUCACACGCUGGUCACACCGAGGAGAGUCACGGAGAGACAAAGAAGAGACUCUUUGCGAAAGACGCAUCGAAAUACGCUGGAGGAAUACCUGAGUCCCCGGAAAGAGGAGCCAUGAAUUUGAACAAAGUCGUGUUGCCUCCUGACAACAAGGCCAGAUCUGUCAAACUCAACGCCAGGAACCUGCGAGUGCUACAGAUAGAGACGGUGACCCAGGAGAGCAAAGAGAUCGAGGAGAAACUGCAACAGCUGAAACGCAGCAUGAGUAAAGAGAAGGAGGAGAGAGGGCAUUCAGGAGGGUUUAAAUGGAAGUCUGGACGAUGUGGUUCCCUCGACAACAAAACUCUAAAAGACAGCGCCAAGGAGGACAAGAAGAACAGACUCCAAAAGCUGUCAGCAGGCAAGAUGAAGAUCCGAAUACUGAAGGAUGAACCACUGACAGCCCCGCCUCAGCCACCACCUCUACCUCCUGCCAUUGGUCCUCGGACACCAACAAGAAACAGGCUGAAAGGACCAAUCUGUGGACAGUGUGAAGUCAAGACUGCUGGACUAAACUGUGCUGAAUGCACGGAGAACUACUGCAUUGGCUGUUUUGCCAGAUUCCACCAGAAGGGGGCACUGAAGCUCCACAGAAUGAUCCCCUUUCAGACAGAACUGCGGACGCACGUGAGCACUCGAGAUGUUCUCAGUUACUCUCCUAGCACCUCUACAAGUCCUAGUUCCAACCCCGUGACCAGUCUCCCCGUCUUGUCCAGUGCAAGUAGCAGACGAGGAGGACAGAGCCCGGAAAUGGGAAGAGAGGCGGUGGAAAAACCUCUGCAAACGCACCCUGAUACCAGCCAGGUGUUGGUCGCGAAUCGCGCAGCGGAGAGACGCUUUGAAAUGGGGCUGGCAAGAGGGGACGAGAAGGGAUUCCCCACUUCUCUUCUUAGUGGAGAAUACAACGAGGAGGAGUCGGCGAGCUCUUUCCAGGCGGCUCUCAGACAGUGGAGAGGGGAGACGAGUGAUGGAGCAGGGGACGCCACAAGUGAGGUUGCAAUGUGGAUACCACUCCGUCCAGUCUCAGCUAUAGCAAUCCAGGCCGACCUCCCUCCAGACAGAGAAGCUGAAGGACAAGAAAGUGGAGGGGGAAAAGGGAGGAUGACUCUCCGGGUGGAGUUCACUGAGGACAACCUUACCUACAUGGACAGAUUGCUUCUCAAGAAGCACCGCAGGUUACCGAUUCAAACGUAUGAUCCUUCGCUGGCCUUUCGUCCAGAUUUAAAAUCUGACACCAACACCAAGGAGGAGGAGGUGGAGAGCAGCCUAACAGCUAGGGAGGAGGAUUUCCGUCGCUACUGUGCAUCAUUGUUUGCCGUCCCUGUCACCGGCGGCAGGACUCAGACUCAGAUUGCUACACCUGAACCGUGCCUCGUCAUAGAAGUCCUGGAUGAGAAAAACAGAGACAUAAAUGGAGUCUGUGCUGAACAGAGGACAAACAACAAAGAGGUUCCCUUGUUGAAGCAGGUCUCCAGCGACGGAGGGGCAUCUGUGCCCCAAACGGCCUUAACCGGUGUUGGGUCCUCAGGAGUCGGCGUCUCUCCUCACAGUCCAACUCAAGCAUCCAGACACUCAUCCAGAGCACCAACAGAGCCUAAAACAGCUCUGGAGCUCGGUCCACCCAAGCCUCAGACGUCAAAAGCCGAACACGCAAUGAAAUCGUUACCCUCUAAAAGUUUGCCAUCACCAUGCCCGACUGCUGAGACAACAAGGACUUCACAGACAUCAAUCAAGACACCAAACUCCAAGUCACAAAAGCCCACUUGUUCCCCCGCUGUGCCCAAAUCAAAAGCUCACCAUGAAAUCCCUAACUUAUUAUGCUUCCCUCCCCUAUUUCCGUCUGAUGUGUCUCUGGCUGGUACCAGAUCACCGCUACCCAAAGAGCCUCUCUCCCCUUCUCCAUCUGCAUCCUUCUCGCUCAGGUCCAAAUCUGCACUCUCACCAUCAAGCUCUACUGAGGUAACUUUGUUUCCUGAAGUUCGCCAUUCAACCCCAUUACGACAACGCUCGGACUCAUCUCUGCAGCCAGAACAAUCACAAUCUUCCAAUUUAUUUCAAGAACCAAUCUCAUCCCCAAUGCUUUCUCAAUCAGCACCAAGCAAUCUGGAGGCCCCGGAGCAAUCCCAGCAUUCCUUGAGUGACCCAGACUCUUUCCUAUCAGAUAAUGAACUCAAGCUGCCGCAGUCUUCCGGGCCAAACCCACGACCAAAAUCCCUGGAACCAACGCAGUCACAGACAAACCCUGCACCGUUUAGCACGGCUGUAAAAACCCUAUCAAGUUCAUUUAACCAGUCCCCGUCAGAAGUAAAUUCUAGAGAAAAGUCAACUCCAUCAUAUGGGGAUGCUACGGUUUAUACGUCUUCUCCCUCCUUCUCUGGUGACCCUGAAUCAACCCAUCAAGCUCGGCAGGAUACAAAGUGCAUCCCAUCGAUUUCAUCACAUCCCUUAAAUGUCGUCCAGAAUCACCCUUUCACUGUGAGAAUGAAGGAGGAAGAGGAGCUAUCAAUGGACAGUGGAGAUGAAAUGUCCAGCGAUAGUCUGGAUCUGGCUUCACAUGACGGAGGCUCUUCAGAUGAAGACGCACAGAUGCGCGGACGUUUAACGAGACGGAGAUCCAGAGAAGGAGAGCAAGGGAUUUCUGCCACGUCUCAUCUCGGAGAUUCCUUUGUUCCUGCACAUGCAGACGUAGAAAAGGAUCUGCAGACUGAUGAGCCAGAACGGCUGUCAGAAGAACCAUACACGGUGACGCACAACUGGAGUGCUGGGUCUGGAUCAGAGCGAUUGUCUAGUCUGCGGGGGCUCUCCCCUCGCAGAGUGGAUUUGAAUUCUGCUCACUCUGACACGCCAGAACACACACACUUUGACCCAGGCUCAACAGAGUCAGAGUCUCCUGGACCAAGCGGCCGCCUCAGUACCAACACUGAGGGACACCUGUUUUUAAAAAUGGACAACAACAUGCAGGCAACUGGAAUUCAAAUUCGCUCGGCCACAACUUCCAGGAGAGGAGAAACAUCAGCAUAUGAACAAGCUACAUCUGCGUCUAACUGGUCGGGCAAGUCCUCUCCGACUCUUCCUCACCCCGCCAAAACAACCCCAAGUCCUCUCCCGGAACACGUCUCUCCCUGCCUCUCUCAUUCCCCAUCUCGUCCUCCUCGCUCUGCCUGCCUGUCCCGGCCCACGUCAGGCUCGGAAUUGAGCCCAGCAUUCCGCCUGUUGUCCCGGGCGGCCCAGCAGAUCACGGAGAACUGUGGCGUGGACCAGACGGGCUGCGGGGACUCUGACCUGGACACAGCUGCACACACGCUCUGCGGCCUCGAGCAAGGACUCCCGCUCAUGGCCCCGGAAACAGGGACGCAUCGGGCUUCAUCGUGUGGUGAAAUGAACAGUGGAAGUCGAACUCAGCAUGGGAGUCAGUGACUGACACGGGACAGAGUCGGCGAGGAACAAAAGGAGGCGGAGGAGGCUGCACAGAGAGACCUGCAGUGUGUCCACUUACUACCCUGAGAUGUUUGCACACACACGCACUCACAUUGCAGAGUAGAGAGUAAAGCGGCAAAAAUACACAGUUUAAUUUAAAUUGUGUUCACAUGUUGUCAAGGCUGGUGUAGAUGCCCCUUUAACCUCUGAAUCUAAAUCUGCAUAGAACUCUCGUCGUGCAAAUAAAUGAAAAUCUAAUGCUUUGAAGAACAAUGCUGGAAUUUGAUUAAAACAAUGUUUUGGA